GCAGGCGCGGGGCGGGGGCCUCGCCCCUGCCGACGUCGCCGCCGGGAGCUCACCUGGGAGACUCCUCGAGGAAGCCGAGCCUCGGUUCGGCCUCUCCUGGCAACGCGGGAGGCCCAGCGGGAAGGCAGGAGGCGGCAGAGGAGGAGCUCAACUGAGAGCAACUGUAGCGACAGCAACCGGAGCCGCCGCCACCUGCACCUGGCGCCCGGCCCACGUCCAGCGCCCGCUCGGCUUCCCGCCGCCCUGCCCACCUGCCAGGUAUUCCCAUUUAAAGAAACCUUCUUGCCAGCAAAUCUAUGAUAAAAAACAUAAGCAACAGGAGAGACUAUAACUGUUAUUUCUCAAGUGACAAGCUCUUAAUGUCAGAAUGGCUCACUUAAGGCGACUAGUAAAAUUAAAUCUUAAAAGACAUUAUCAUAAAAAGUUUUGGAAGCUUGGAAUAGUGGUUUUUUUCUUCAUAAUAUUUUUGCUCCUAAUACAAAGAGAAGUAAGUGUUCAAUAUUCCAAAGAAGAAGCAAGAAUGGAAAGAAACAUGAACAGUAAAAACAAGGUAUUUGACUUAAUGCUGGAAGCUGUAAACAAUAUUAAAGAUGCAAUGCCAAAAAUGCAGAUAGGAGCACCUGUCAAGCAAAGCGUUGAUGCUGGCCAGAGACCCUGUUUACAAGGCUAUUAUACAGCAGCAGAAUUAAAACCUCUGUUUGACCGCCCACCUCAGGAUUCUAAUGCACCUGGUGCUUCUGGUAAAGCGUUCCAGACAACUAACUUAAGUGCCGAAGAGCAAAAGGAAAAACAGCGCGGGGAAACGAAGCACUGUUUUAAUGCUUUUGCAAGUGACCGGAUCUCUUUACACCGAGACCUUGGGCCAGACACUCGACCUCCUGAAUGUAUUGAACAGAAAUUUAAACGCUGCCCUCCCCUGCCUACUACCAGUGUCAUAAUAGUUUUUCACAAUGAAGCAUGGUCCACACUACUAAGGACUGUGCACAGUGUACUCUAUUCUUCACCUGCCAUAUUGCUGAAGGAGAUUAUUUUGGUGGAUGAUGCUAGUGUAGAUGAAUACCUACACGGUAAACUGGAAGAAUAUAUUAAGCAAUUUUCAAUAGUAAGAGUAGUGAGACAAAAAGAAAGAAAAGGUCUGAUCACUGCACGGUUGCUAGGAGCAUCAGUAGCAACAGCGGAAACACUCACGUUUUUAGAUGCUCAUUGUGAGUGUUUCUAUGGUUGGUUAGAGCCAUUGCUGGCCAGAAUAGCUGAGAACUACACAGCUGUUGUAAGUCCAGAUAUUGCAUCAAUAGAUCUUAAUACUUUUGAAUUCAACAAACCUUCUCCUUAUGGAAUUAACCAUAACCGUGGAAACUUUGACUGGAGUCUUUCCUUUGGCUGGGAAUCCCUUCCCGAUCACGAAAAGCAAAGAAGGAAAGAUGAAACCUACCCAAUUAAGACACCUACUUUUGCUGGAGGCCUUUUUUCUAUAUCAAAAGAGUAUUUUGAAUAUAUUGGAACAUAUGAUGAAGAAAUGGAAAUCUGGGGAGGUGAAAACAUAGAAAUGUCUUUCAGAGUUUGGCAAUGUGGUGGGCAGUUGGAGAUUAUGCCUUGCUCUGUUGUUGGACAUGUUUUUCGUAGCAAAAGCCCUCAUACCUUCCCAAAAGGCACUCAGGUGAUUGCCCGCAACCAAGUUCGCCUUGCAGAAGUCUGGAUGGAUGAAUACAAGGAAAUAUUUUAUAGGAGAAACACAGAUGCAGCAAAAAUUGUCAAACAAAAAUCAUUUGGUGAUCUUUCAAAAAGAUUGGAAAUAAAGCACCGCCUUCAAUGUAAAAAUUUUACAUGGUAUCUGAACACUGUUUACCCAGAAGCAUAUGUGCCAGACCUUAAUCCUGUUAUAGCUGGAUAUAUUAAAAGCUAUGGUCAGCAUCUAUGUCUGGAUGUGGGAGAAAAUAAUCAAGGAGGCAAGCCGUUAAUUAUGUAUACAUGUCAUGGACUUGGGGGAAACCAGUACUUUGAAUAUUCUGCUCAGCAUGAAAUCCGGCAUAACAUCCAGAAAGAAUUGUGUCUUCAUGCUGCUCAAGGACCUGUUCAGCUGAAGGCAUGCACCUACAAAGGUCACAAGACAGUUGCUGUUGGAGAGCAGAUAUGGGUGAUCCAGAAGGAUCAACUCCUGUAUAAUUCAUUCCUUAAAAUGUGCCUUUCAGCAAAUGGAGAGCAUCCCAGCUUAGUGUCAUGCAAUCCAUCAGACCCACUCCAAAAAUGGAUUUUUAGCCAAAAUGAUUAAGUGUUCCUUAAAAUUAAGGACUUGAAAAAGGAGGUAUUCUUUCUUAAAAAACUGUGACUAGGCAUACACUGUAGUUUAUGAAAAUUAUGCAAAAGCAGCUAAUUGUAACUUAUUCCAAGUGCAUUUCUCUUAUUUAUAUCUUAAUAUGUCUACAUAGCACUGCUACAGAAAUCCUUUAAGAUUCUGUUUCAAAGCACAAUAAUUAGUAAUACCAAAGACUAUUUUCUAAAUGUCCGGGUGUAGAAGAAGCAAUGUUUACAGUAUCAGGAAAAGAAUUUGCGAAGUAAAGUGAUGUUUGUGUGUUUUGUAUACUUAAGAAUAUGCAUAGCUAUGUUUAAACACUCACAAUUUAAAAUACUCCUUCCAGUUUUUUUGGAGGAGAAAGAUUUGAUACUGUAUUUUUUUAAUUACAUAGAAAUAUAUCAGUGAAGGUCAAACUUUGACCUCUGUGCAAAAUCCAGAAAAUUUUUAUAAAUCUAGAAUUUAUUAUUUAAAAAUAUUGAUGAAAUAUUUUACCUUAUGUUUAACUUUCUGUCAAGUGUUUACUUACACAUGAAAUAAGAAGAAUGCUAUCUUACCUCUUCAAUUUCAUGGAAAAAUUAACCUUUUUUUUUUCUAAAGCCCAGUCCAUUUGAAGCACUUAGAUAUUCCUUAAAUGACUUUUCUCAAAUAACUAUGAUCUGUGUUUCUAAAACAAUUUUUUAAAAGCUUUAUAAAUUACUAUCUAUUGAAAAGGAGAUUUUUCUCUUUCCUUCCAUUAUUUUUCCCCUUACUAUAACUUACCAAUCUUGAAUGUUUGUAAAAGUAAAUUUGAAUGCAGAAUACUUGACUCAUUCAAAGCUAAAUUUCAUUUUAUUGAUUAAUUUAUAGGUGGUUUUUGUAAAUUUUUUUUCAUCUAAAAAAGCCUUAUUUGUAUCUAUGUGGAAAUACAAUGAAAUAU